AUGAAGAUGUCGUUCGAGUCGGAGAUCGGCGCGCAGCCCCCCCUCGGAUUCUGGGACCCGCUCGGCCUCCUCGCCGACGCGGACCAGGAGCGGUUCGAGCGCCUCCGGUACGUGGAGGUGAAGCACGGGCGCAUCGCUAUGCUCGCCAUCGCCGGUCACCUGACCCAGCAGAACGUCCGCCUCCCCGGCAUGCUGUCGAACUCGGCGGACCUGUCGUUCGCGGACAUGCCGAACGGCGUGGCCGCUCUGUCGAAGAUCCCCCCGGCGGGCCUCGCGCAGAUCUUCGCGUUCGUGGGCUUCCUUGAGCUGGCUGUGAUGAAGAACGUGGAGGGCUCCUUCCCCGGAGACUUCACGAACGGCGGCAACCCGUUCGGGUCCUCGUGGGACGCGAUGUCGGAGGAGACCCAGGCGUCGAAGCGCGCGAUCGAGCUGAACAACGGGCGCGCGGCACAGAUGGGCAUCCUGGCUCUGAUGGUGCACGAGGAGCUGAACAACAAGCCGUACGUGAUCAACGACCUCCUCGGCGCGGGGUACACCUUCAACUAGAUUACUAGCCCGUGCGUCGUUCAGACCUUUUGCACCGGUUUUGCUGAAGGGCGCGCUUUUGUGAGUAGCGGUGACGUGUUGUGGUUAUGUUUUAAUUUAUUUUGUUUAGAAUCUGCUAUAGGGGAAGGGCUGAUCUCUUCCUUUAUAGACCGAGACCCGGAUGAUGUUGUGGAUACGCGGCGUUUUGUGUUCAUUUGGGCUCUUAGAAACGGAGUCAUGUCGACGGAUGUAGAAAAUACCGGCCGUGUAUUCCCGUAGGCGGUUCGUGCGGUGCACCUUCUAGCGUGAGGCGUGCGGCUACUGUUGGGAGGCGAGCGGGCUAGGAGAUUGGGGCCCAUGUUGUUAGUGUUUUGUGUCGACUGCGCCUGGUGUUGCGACGCUAUGGCCUUGUGGAUGGCGCCGGUAGAUGCUGUUGCCUGUUUUGCUCUGGUUGGGUUUGUCGAGUAGUCGUGUCAGGCUUGACCAUGAUGCGUACACUCGAGAGGCGUGCUGCGUCGAUCGUAGUUGUUCUCGCUUUGCACCUUUCGAACUGAACUAGUGUCUGUGAAUGAGAACAAAGCUUUGAACCGAUUACCCAAACAAGCUUGCAUUGUGUUGUUGGUUGGCGUAGCGUGUCGAUGAUGAUGGCGCUUCCAUGUGUAGCAUAUCUCCUGCAGAUGCACCAGCGCGUGAGGAGGAUACGACUGAGAACAAACAAGAGUGCUUUGGAUGUUUGAUCCAUGGGCUGUGCCCUGCCAUUCAUGAAAUUACCGUUAUGAAACAGCUUACUCGCAUCACGAAGGAUUUUCGCCUCUCCCCUCCCUCGCUGUGUCGGGAGGGCGAACACAAAUAAAUAU